CUGGAGAGGACUUGUGGGCAGGGAGCUGGAGAGGACGGUUAGGGAGCUAGAGGGAUGGUUGUGGGCAGGGAACUGGAGAGGACGGUUAAGGAACUGGAGGGAUGGUUGUGGGCAGGGAGCUGGAGAGGAUGGUUAGGGAGCUGGAGGGGAUGGUUGUGGGUAGGGAGCUGGAGGGGAUGAGGAAGUGGGGGAUGGGCAGGGAGCUGGGGUUACCAGACCCUGGAAAGGGGAAUAGCUGAAGGAUCCUUGUCUUCUGCCUCUCUCUCCCAUUUCUCUCUUUGAUCUGUUUGCUCCUCUUGCCAUAGGCGUGCCCCCCGCACAGGAGAACCUGCUGGCUGAGCCCAGGGCCUUUGUCUCUGCAGCACCCCACACUGGGCCUUCUCCCCAUCCACCCCAGAGGGGCAGGUGCUGGGCAAAGGGCUGCCCUAGGGCCUGGAGACUGAAGGGCGCACAGCUGGCCUUUGGCCCCAGGCUGGGGAGUUACAUACCGAGCAUGGGCCGGAGGCUGGUACCAAGGCCAGUCCCGCAAGGCUGGAGAUGGCCACCCAGCAGGGAGGAGCUGCUGCCUCGGGGCUCCACUCCAAAGCUGUGCCAGGGUGGGAGGUGCCAGGCACCAUGAAGCUGGAGAGGCCAGAUGGAGCCAGCCCUGACCUGGGGAACAAAGUGAAUCAAGCAGAGAAAGGUCCCAUGGCAGGGCAGUGCUGGAUGGCAGGGGAGUUCCCAAGCUUGCUGGUGCUGCCACAGACAGUGACUGAGCAGCAGUGAGUAUGGGAUGCCAGGGAGGCUGGUGAUGGUGCCAAGGUGAGGGGAACCGCCCUGUGCCGCUACGACACGGAGAUGCAGCGCCAGUGCUUCAGGGGCUUCUGCUACCAGGAGGCCGUGGGGCCAUGGGAGACUUACAGAUGUCUGUGGGAACUUUCCCAUCUCCGGCUACAGCCAGAGACUCUCACCAAGGAGCAGAUGUUAGAGCUGCUGGUUCUUGAGUGGUUCCUGAGCCUCCUGCCUGAGGAAAUGCAGAGCUGGGUGCAGGAGGGUGGCCCAGAGAGCGGUGAGGAGGCUGUGUCUCUGGCAGAGGAUUUCCAGCUCAUCCACCUACAGCCUAGGAAACAUCAGCCCCAGAUGCCAGUGACAUUUGAAGAGGUGGCCUUGUAUUUCACCUCAGCAGAGUGGGUUCUGCUGGAUGAGCAGCAGAGGGAGCUGUACAGGGACAUCAUGCAGGAGAACUACAGGAAUGUCGGCUUGCUGGGGAAGGCUCAGCAGUUCCUGUUGUUUCCCAGAUGGAACAAAAGAACGAGCUGAGUGUCCCAGGUCCCCAGGGCUCUGAGGAAAUGGAGAUCCCAAGAGGCGCCUGCACAGAUCUAUGGACAGGGAACCAGGUCAUGAAGACGCCCUUCUGGACGGGUAACUGGAUCUUGUGGACACCCUGCUGCCACUCCAGCUGCUCCCUCUGCUGUUCCCGCACCCCCUUCUAGCCCCGUUUGAGUCUGGAACCUGCUUCUUAGACUGAUCAUCCUUCUCCAGCUGUGCAAUCAGGUGUGCCGUGAUGAGCCUCGCAAUGCUCCACCUUCCCUCCACACAGGUCUGCGAUGGUUCUACGCCAUUUCUUCAUUAUUCCCUCUAGUAGGCCCCUUGUUUUACCACUGCCCUUAUGGCAAGAUGCCUCUGGUGCCUUCCGCAACCAACCGUCUGCUGGGUGCAUUUGGUAACCAUCCCACCGCUGCCAUCAUCUGCCACAGAUCCACAGGCAGAUGAGAAAUGAGGUGAGGAACCAGGGCCCUUUAAGUACUCAUCAAGUGCUUGCUACAAAAAAGGAGCCUGCCUUUUCAGCUCCCUGGUGAUGGGGCCUUUCUGGGACCCCUGGCUGGGGAAAGCAUGACGGGGCAUCUCGUCCCCAGGGGCUAAGCUCCAGGGACAGUGCUGCCACGUGAUUCUGGGGAGCUCCAAUCCACUGAGCCUCAGACAGCUGGGAGCAGUGUUUGCUUCUCCCAGCUAGCUCUGAGGGGGCUACAGCAGAGGUCUUCAUGGCACUGUGGUGAGCACAGCACCGCGAGCUCCUGGCCUGGCACCUUGUGUUCCCAGACAUGGCCCCCAGGGCAGCCAGGGACCUACCACACAGGGUGAAGCUAUGGAGCAGAGCGAGGAAGGGAGAUUGGUCAGCUCGGCUAGAGCACGGGGACGCAGGCCAUCUGACUUCCAAGGAACUGCUCCAAGCCCAGACACGAGUCCAGAGCUCCACAGGAUGAUGCCCCCAGGCCAGGCUUGGGAACUCCCCAGCACUGCUCUGCCAUGGGGCCUAUUGGGGUUCCCUCCCCACUCUGAACUCUAGGGUACAGAUGUGGGGACCUGCAUGAAAGACCCCCUAAGCUUAUAUUCCACCA